AUGAAUGCAUUUCUCGAUAAAUACGGAAAAGACACGACCACAAACUUUCAACUUGUGAAAUGGGCCAAGGAAUUGAACGUCUCGCCGUUUUAUUAUUGCAUGCGAGAUGAAAUUGAUGAACUGAAAUACAAGAAAGGUAACGAUAACGAUGCAGUGAACAAGAAAUAUUUACUGGAUCAAAUUCAAAUAGAUAAGGACCAUGGUGAAAAUAGAAUAACUGACGUGAAAAGAUACCUCAGACGAAAUAUUAAAAAUCUUGAACCCAAACUACAACAAGAUUUUACGAGUUUGAAACGUCUUAUUCAAGUGGAUAAAACAAACGAUAAGAUUACGAAGGUAAAAAUAGACGUCCAACGUUUAAUAGAUAACCCAAAUGUAAACGAGGAUAGAUUGAAACGAAAACUAACCGCUUUGGAAAGAAAACUAGGCGAAUUGCUAGCAGAACUAGACAAGACCGUGGACAAAACUGAGUUACAAAAUUCAGUAUCCAAAUUGAACGAAGAGAGCGCGAAGCAAAAAUCAGAUGUUCAAAAUAUAAUUAACAAUCUCGCACAUCCCAUUGACAAAGAUACGUUGAAACGACAAUUGACUGCUUUGGAUACUAAAAUCAUGGAUGAAUUAGAAAAAGAAGUGGGUGUGAUUAAAAACUUUCUUCAAAAUAAAUUUCAAGAUGAUAUCAAAAAAUAUAUUAAAGAACAGGUCAAUCUUUUGCUAUCUAGAAUUCAUGACGAUUUUUUGAGACAAGAGAGAAAGUUGACCAAAUUAGAAGCUAUUGUCACGGACAUGUCGUAUUAUUUCAAUCUUCCAUUCGAAAGUGAUACUGUCUUCGAUAGAAAAGACCAAAGUUAUAAAUCAAACAAAUAUGGCUUCAAAGUAGAAAUAAAAGUAGCUUCUCGCGUAGAUGGAGAACCUAAAACGUAUUCGAUAUCGGCGAAACGGAAGCGUUUACUUUUCGAGGUAGAUGUCUGA